GAGAAAUGAAGAGAAGAGAAGGGAAGAGAGGGAGGACGAGGAGGACGAGGAAGAGGAAGAGCGCAGAACCCACCUAGACACACUAGACCCACUGAUUUAUUCAUAUAUAUAUAUAUAUAUAUAUAUGUAUAUAUCUUUAUUCACACACUCACUCACUCACAUAUACAGACAUUAACAUAGAGAGAGAGAGAGAGAGAGAUGUGUAUAUCCCUGAUCAGAGUAGGAGUGGUAUGCAGUGUUGUUGUUGUUGUUGUUGCAGAGAGCCUGGUGCUAGAUCUCGCACCACCGCAUGCCGUUGAGGUGAUGCCACCCGUGAAAGAGAUGCGUCUUGUGAGCCUUGGCGAUGGCUAAGUCGCACGGGGAUCGUUGUGCUGGUUUUUGGCCGCAUUGCAGCAUGGAGGGGAUUUAUGACAAGAUGGAGGGAGCUUGGAGUUUCGAGGUAGCUGGAGAUCGAGUGUAGGAGUGUGGUGAUCACAGGAUGGAUCGCGUCGAGCGAUGACAGAACUCGAAGGGGAGCUCGUGGGUUUCCGCUGAUGCGAGCUGUCUGUUCAGGUGGUGUAUGUGUAAGUGUUUACACAGAGACAUGUGGUUUGAACUGAAAACUGUUAGAUAAACAUGAGGCCAGGUGGGACUCAGUGCGACCCAUGGGUGAAAAGCGAUUUCUUGACUAGCGGUAAGCUAACAGAGGCUACGCAUUGUUCAAAACCUAUCUCAGUAUUUAGGAUUCUCAUGCAAUGCACAUUCUGCAUUGCAGCUACUAUCCUUGGCUUUCGACUCUCUUGUGAGGCUGACCUCGUCAGUGUGCUGCGCGUGGAGGAGGCUUAUGGGCAGUUUAGCCGGAUUUAUCUCGAGGAAUUUCACGUAGCCAAUGGGAUUUUACUCAAGGGUCAAAAUACAACAGAUGCACCCGAGGGCAAUAGCUCACGAUUAUAUGUAGGCCGGCAUCCAAUUUUGAAAAGACCAUGGCCACACCCAAAUCAAAUGGAAAUGGCUCAAGCGUACAACAUGAUUGCCAGAGUCCAAUUGGAACAGCAUCGGUUGUAUGAAAUUAAAAGUUGGAAGCCCAUUAUUGCAAUCACUCCCACUUAUCUUCGUACGUUUCAGAGUUUGCAUUUGGCAGGGUUGAUGUGUACGUUGUCACUUGUUCGGGGACCUGUAACAUGGAUAGUCAUUGAGGCAGGGGGUAUAUCAGCGGAGACUGUAGAGCUGUUGAAACUAGCAAGGGUACACAAGUUGGUGCACUUGGGAGCUUCCGCGCAUUUGCCACGGAGCUUACAGGAUCGAAGGAUCCUGGACUCUCACCUUCGAGUUGAAGGCUUGAGAUAUGUGCGAGAGCAGAAUUUGGAGGGCGUUGUUGUGUUUGCUGACGUCGGCAACGUGUACAGUAUGCAAUUUUUUAAUGAGAUUCAGAAGAUUAGCUGGGUGGGUUCUGUUCCAGUUGGAAUUCUUGGGCACGCCGGAUUUGAAGAUCCUGCUCUGUCAAGACAUAGGGAUUCUCUUACCGAGAGUGGCGUCAGGGUGCCCAGUCGACGUGUGGUAGCAUCUCCCCAGGCAAUGUUGGCUUUCAGGAAUGGCGUAGUGCAAGUCCAGGGACCUGCGUGUGACUCUUUCGGGAACAUAACAGGCUGGCAUGCAAUUGGAUCACUCUCUUUAGAUGAUGAAUUAAUGAAGACAAACAGUGCUGAAGAAACUAAUUUGGUGUGGGCAGGUUUCGUUUUGAAUGCCCGGGCAGUGUGGGUAUCAGACCCAGACCGGCCGAAAUGGAUUCAGGAAUGGAUAAAGUGGGCUUGUGCAGAGGAAGGUGUAUAUAUUGACUGGAGAUCUCUCUUGAGGGAUGAAGCUAAAGUGGAGACACUUGGACCUUGUAGAAGUGAUAAAGAAGUAUUCGUUUGGUGGGCUCGAAUUGAAGCUCAUUCAGAUAGCAAGUAUCCCUCUCGCUGGGAUUUGGAUUCGCCGCCCGAAGUUGUUGUACCCGCGAAGAAAACACCGUGGCCAGACAAGGUCCUCUCUCCCUCAUCUCAAUUACCUCCUGUGGGAAAACGUAGAGAUGGAAACAGAUCGGAUGGUCGGGAUGGUAGAACCAGGCAAAGUCAACGAAGACCACACUCCGUUAAAGGUAAAACUCUUGGUAAUCAAAGGGAGACCAUUGCCACUAAAAAUACGUAGACCUUAUUAUUUAAUCCUCCUUCCUGGCAUUGGCCAGGAGCACUUCUGUCCCUGUUGCUCAAGUCUCUCCACAUGAUUCAGACUUAAGGGCACUUUGGAAGUGGCACUGCCAUGGCACCUAUGUGUUCAACUUCCGAGUUGUGCCUUUUCCAAGCAUGUAUGAUAGUUCUUUGCUGUACGAGAUUAAGCUGCCAUUGCCAUGGCACUUUCGUUGGAAAAUAUAUGUUAUACGAAACGGAACUUAGAAUUGCCAAGUGCUGAAACCAGCGUCACCAGAAUGUUGACUUUGGUUGGCUACAUAAUAGUGUUUCACAAUGAUGUUAAACACCUCCAGUAUUUGGAUAUUUGGAAAGUUCGGGCUUGCAGAUAUGACUUCGUCAA